UGUUGGCGUCAGCCGAUAAGCUGGCACGUGCACCAACUGCAGCCGCAUUCGCAAGGCUACGGCAACAUCAACCACAUCACCCCAAGCCUUAUCGCAACUUCAUCCGUUCGUUGCCCAACGAUUAUCAUCAUUAUCAUCAUAACGACGAUACGUACUCCACCGGGACACCGCAUUCGAUCUCUCGCAUCUGGAUCCCUGUCGCGGCUUACGCUGACACGAUGGGUUCAGGCAAAGCCGACGACCAGACAAUCAAAGUCGCAUCCAAGAAAGACGCCAAGAAUGCCACGAUUAAACUGAAGAAGCCCCCGCCCAAGCACAGCAAGCCUGGGAACUGGAGAGACGGCAGCGUCAUUGAGGAUGACAAAAAGAAGAAUGGCAAUUCGCCAGCAACUUCGGCGGCUUCCCCAGGCCCCGUGGUGAACCAACUCGACGACACCGCCCGCGAAACGUUUGCAACCGGCCGACCCCUCGAAGACCCUCCCGAUCUACAACAAUGCAAGCACUGCAAGAAGAGCAUCCUUAAGACCGCGGCGAAGGGGCAUAUCGCGCAAUGCCUGCGGCUGAAGAAGGAAAAGGCGCAGCGCAAGAAGGAAGCUCGUGAGGCGAGAGAAAGGGCCAAGGAGGCUGCGAGGGAGGAAGAGGCCCGGAAGGCCGACGAGGAGAACGGCGACGGCAAGGAUGAAGACAGCGACGACGAGGGAAUCUCGGCCGAAAAGAAACCGACUGGGAGCAAGACGGCAAAGAAAGCAGCCGGGAAGAAGCCUGAUGACGACAAGAAGGGUAAGAAACGGAAGGCGGAUGGCGAUCCAGACAAGGGACCUAAGACCAAGAAGAAGAAAGAUGAACCCAAGGCCAAGGUCCCGAAGCCAAAAGGCCCCGUCGACGUCGAGCGACAGUGUGGUGUGAUAUUGCCAAACGGCCAGCCAUGCGCGAGAUCUUUGACUUGUAAAAGUCAUUCGAUGGGUGCCAAGCGAGCAGUAGCAGGGCGAUCACUGCCAUACGACAUGUUACUCGCUGCAUACCAGAAGAAGAACCAGGCAAAGCAGCAGAAGGCCGCCUUGGAUGCCAACGCCCCAGUGGAAGACGAAGAUGAGGCCAACACUGGGCCGAUCGAUUCGGACGAGGAGACGACGGCCGUGAUGGGGGCUCUUGCACAAUGGAAUCCUCAACCUCUCCUCCCCCAGCCCAUCUUCACCCCAAUCAAGCGCCAGUACCAGCUUUCGAGACUCCACGAACAGUUGCAGAUGGCGACUAACGGCGGGCGGACAAACAUCUUCCGAGUUGUGGGGUACGGGGCACAGAAGCUCCCAGAGGGCCAUCCUGGAUUGCUGGACAGUGAGGACGCGCCUGGGGAGCCGGACUUGGCUGUGGGAUUCGGGAACUCAGGCCGGUCAUCAACAUUUGGGUUGCCAGCUCCGCAGAGGCAGGCAUCAGUAGCGAGCAGGGCAUAGAGGAGUUUUUAGGGACAAUGGUGGGUUUACCUGGUCAAGGUCACGGAAAGCGAUACAAUUCUAUAUUUGAUACACAGGUACUGGUGGCUUAAUGAUUACAUGAUGCUCUAUCUAUCCUCCACGGAGAAGGCGUAUGCCCAACUUAGCGAGAAGAAUGAGGCCAUACAGCGGUCGGUCGGUCGGUCGGUCUCAGCCUGGGCGGCGCCAUUCUGACGGCCACUACCACCAAACAGAGCUAAGGUAUGCUGGUCGUCGCCUAUACUAAUGACCAUGUUGGCCUACCGACGCUUAGUGAAGAAAAAGGUCGACAUCUAAGAGUAAGAC